CACUAAUUUUGCCUGGCCAUUUUCCUCCUUUCGCUUUUUUCCUGAUUUUGGCCACAACAAUGUGCUUAAGCUGCUAAAUUUGGAUUUAUCUAAGUUUCCGUAUGAUGAACAACAUAAGCAAAUACGGACCUCCCCUAGAUUCCGACUCGGAUAGCAGCUACGAUGGAUUCUACUUCUCGGAUGUGGUGAAACGCUCGAAACCAGCUCCUUACGUGGAUCCCGAGCAGAAGCUCUACGAUGCAGUCGUCGAUGGGGAUCUCACGACGAUGCAGCAGGAGAUGCGCAGCCUCGUCCUCCAAGUGGAUCAGCCAGUAAAAGGUGGUCUUAACUUACUGAUGCUCGCAUGUCGCGGCCACUGCCAAAUAGUUGAAUGGCUGGUGGAAAGGGCAGGGGCCAACGUGAAUCGCCAGCUGGAUUCCGUCACGCCGCUGAUGAUGGCCUGCAGCACCACCCACAUGGAUCCGUGUGUGGUGGAGAGAAUUGUGGGCCUGCUCCUGCGGCACGGAGCCGUGAUCAAUGUGUCGGACAAAUAUGGAAUGACACCCCUUAUGUUCGCUAGCCAGAAUGGCUUCGUCGGUGUUGUGCGUCUGCUUAUCAAGGACGUUAGCUUUGAUGCUGUGGAUAAUCAGGGCUGCACUGCCAUCUUUCACGCCAUCGAGAAAAAUCACGUGGAGGUGGUCAAGCUGUUGGUAGAGGCGGGCGCGAAUGCCACGAUAGCCAAUAACAAGGGCUACACGCCCACCCAGGUGGCGGAGUGCCAUGGAUAUUACGACCUGCUGGAGAUCCUGCCGCGCCCAGCCUCCACUUACCUGGUGCCGACGCACUUCCUGGGCUACAACACGCUAAGGGAUCACAUUCCACGCAUCUUCCUUAAGAGCGAUUGCCCGGAAUAUUUUCAGGAACUUAACAACAUACUGCAGGCCAUCAAUAUUGGCAAUAUGGUUCAAUACUUUGCCAUUGCGAAGAUCUCGCUGGCAGAUUUCCUCGUCAUGGAUGAGGAGUCACUUCGCAAGAUCGGCAUCGAGUAUCCCAUCUUCCGUCACAAGAUACUGACGGGCAUUCUUGACUUUCAUCUUCAUCACUGGAGCAUCUCGUCGAUAGCUCGGGUCAAAAAGGAUGACAUGAACAACUUCUAUGAGAUCCUACUGAUCACCGCAAGUCAUCUGCAGCACUUGGUCAUUAUUCAGGCCUCCCUGCGCUUCAUCCUAAAAAACCAGGAGCACAAUAAAAUGGGGCAACCUUCGGAGAUUCAGUUGGCUGCGAUGAAAAGCAGUCUUGAGGGAUAUAGAGAUGUAGUCAACCAAAUCACAAAGACAGUCAAAUAUCUUGGUUCCUUCAGUCCCUCCCAGAAUCCCCUGUUCAUUGACUUCAAUGAAAUACUCGCAGAGCGUAAACGCAAAAAGGUGCGUAGCUAUUUCAAGUACACCACCAUUAUCCUGGGAAUCUCAGUUUUCAUUUGCCUUAAGUGCAAGUGGUUCGCAUAGUAUCCGCUGAAGAACAUUCCCCAUAUUAUUUCCAACGUUUACGAAGAACGUGGUUUUCCUUACCGCUCUGAACUGGCGGAAUUUAUUUGCAAAUCCAAAUAGUUUUAGCUAAAACUCAUGUUUCGUAGGAAUCAAACUUUAUUAAUUGUUAUUUCUAACUGUUAGGAAACGCGUAAUCUCUCAAUACAUUUAACAACAGUUAUCUCGUUAAGACAAUAUAUUUUAGAACCCAAUAGAAAUAUAUCAAACAUUACCUCAAAACUAAUGAAUAUACCUGAACUAAAAGAAACGAAGUACUCAAAUGUAUGAACUAAAGGUUAUGACGGAAAACACCAUAUAUAUAUAUAUUAAUACAACAUCGAAUGUAAAAAUUGAAGAAUUAUUUUUGUUAACCCAUUAAUAAAGAAGUUGUUAACCAACCAG